GUUAGUAAUAAAUAUACUCUUCCUCCAUCUUGUUUCAUCGUUUCUGAACUCUAUUGGGGAGGUCGGAAGAGCGCUCCGGGCCACAUUGAGCCCGCCCAAGCCUGUGAGAGCGAUCCAGGGCGCUGAGGUGGCGCCACAAUGACUCCCUUUUAAAAUCGAAACAAGGUUGGAGUGGAGCGGGGGAUUGAACGUUCCAACAUCUCUGGUCGACAGUGGGUGUUUUGUCCUCUAUUCACAGGCACAAUCGUGAGUUUCAGAGGUUACCCUUGGAUGUGGCGAUCCAUCAAUACCAACCUGGUGAUUGGGUACGAGUCCGGAAGUGGAAGCAAGAACCUUUGCAGCCCACGUGGGGACCGCCGGAGCAGAUCAUCUUAAUUACCGAAUCGGCAGUAAAGCUCGUAGGCCACAAGCGAUGGAUCCAUGCUAGCCGUAUAAAAAGAGCCAAGCCUGUAACUAUCCAGGAACCUGAGCAGGGAGUAGCCAAGGACUCCCCACCUGGAGAGGUGAAGGAUCAGACACCUGAAGAAAAGUGGCUAUCGCAAACCGUUCCAGGUUUGGGCCUGAAACUUAAAUUAAAGAAACAAUAAACUUGGAUGGGCGGGUCUCUUCUCCCUCGCCCAAUGCAGGUUUUGCAAACCGGAGCACCAGUGUUUCAUAGGUUUAGGGUCACAAUUCCAGUAGCAGUUAUUCAAGAGAGACCUCCGUUGGGCUACUGUAGACGUGACGGAUCUGUUUAUAGACGUGACCGAUAUAGUUGGCAUCCAGUUACCAAUGCUCAAAUUACAGUUAAGAUAACUACUUGAGAGAUUGGCCUACAGAGAAAUUACUAAAAGGUAGAUGGGUGGAUCGCUGGUCCCCACCCCAGCCUUCCAAGUAAUGCCUAUUCAGCUACCUUUUGAUCCAAGACCACAUACAAAAGUCUUGGUUUGUGCAAGUAUUUUGAUACGAGGUAGACGGUGCCUCCUUCCCAUAGUUGAAACGUGGGUUACCCCUCGGGAAUUGACACCUGUGCUACUGAGACGGAUUCGUUGGUAUUAAAGUAGCGAAUGGGAGGCUCUGUACGACCUUUACCUUUGAAGACAGCUGUACGAGAGCUUCCAGGGGAUAGCCGACCAGCAGUAGAUGUGAUAGUAUUGUAUGCUCGACCUAGGUUAAAACAGAAGGGCUACAUACGAACAAGAUAUCGUUGGAAAGUGCUGACUUGGGGCUUGUUAACAUUUUGGAGAUCAGGAUUAGAAGAUAUUAAUAUAGAAUAGAUUAUAAUUAGCAAUACCUUAUGUCAAAAUGGGUCGAACCCAUGCAAGUACCAACUCCUUUGGCUUUAAGUCUAUGCUUGGUACUAUCUUGUGUCUUGCUUCUCUAUAUAUGGUAUAUGUCUACUUCUCAGCUUCUUUUCCCACGCAAGAAACGAGAGUAUGCAGUCGUCAAAGGCGCUCAUUCCAGAAAAAAAGGGAAAAUGUGUUUGUCGAACUUGCCCAGGAAGUAGCUAAAGGAUUUAACCUCACAAAUUGUUGGAUUUGUGGAAGUCCGAAGGGAUUCCCACAGUGGCCAUGGAUAGGAUUUCCCCUUGCACCUCGUUGGCUUUUAAGUAAUAGAAGUGAGGUACAUGUUAAUUUAAGUACUUGGACAGAGCCUCACGAAUGGGAGCUGUAUGAAUCAAGUUUGGGCAAAUACUGUCUUCAACAAAAUGCUUCAGGAGGAAAACAACUUGGAUAUAGUAGUUGUAAUUGGACAAUGGGAUGGCAUGAGUAUUGCAUCCUAGCCAAUUGUCCGGUUACUAACUGUACUAAAUUUGCCUCUAAAUGGAACAGUACACAUGUACAAUUUAAGAACGGUACAUGGUGUAAGUGCACUCCAGGAAGCAAUGAUAAAGAAAUGUGUGGGUACAAAUGCAAGGGAAUGGAGAUGGAAUUAAUGUUGUGUCAACUAAUGAGUUGUAAACAACCACAAAUUUUUAAAAGCCACACCUGGAUGUGGAAACAUCUGAAUGGUACUCUUGUGCAUGGAUUCCAAAGUUAUUGGGCCACUUGGAAUCAAAGUGAGGAGGAUACAUCAUGUAAUUAUAAAAAUGAAUCACAUUUAUGGAAAUGUACUCUGAAGCAAGGAGAAAAUGUGUCAUACAUUACAAGUCCCCUUGGUCCACAGGAUACCUAUUAUCUUCCAUAUGAUGGAGUAUCCCCAAUUUUGUAUAAUGUUUCUAUGCCAGCCUUAAAGGGACACUAUUGGAUUUGUGGUCAAAAGGCUUAUGCGAUCCUCCCCUUAAAUUGGACUGGCAUUUGCUAUGUUGGAAUUAUACAACCAAUGUAUAGCAUAAAAGGUGGAAAUUUGAAUCCCUUAAUUCCAGUAUUUGAUGAAGAACAGUCUGUGAGGAGGAAACGGGCAAUUGAUACCUCCUUGACUAAAGGUCAAGGGAAUGAUUGGGAGGAUACUUGGCCUCCAGAACGUAUCAUCGCAACUUAUGAUCCUGCCUCAUGGGCACAUGAUGGCACAGCGGGAUACCGUGGCCCAAUAUAUAUUUUGAAUCGCCUCAUUAGACUUCAGGCGGUAUUGGAGAUAAUAACCAAUCAAACAGCUAAAGCCUUAACAUUGCUUGCUGAUCAGUCAACUCAAAUGAGAGAAGGAAUACUCCAAAACAGACUGGCCUUGGAUUAUUUAUUAGCCAAAGAAGGAGGGGUCUGCGGACUCCUAAAUCUGACAGAGUGUUGUUUGAAAAUUGAUGACAAUGGCGAAGUAGUAAAAGACAUUGCUAACAAGAUCAAAAACUUGCUCAUGCCCCAGUGCAAACCUGGAAAGGAAUAAAUCUUGGAAACUGGGGAAGUUGGUUCAAUUGGUUUGGAGGAAUGAAAACAAUUAUUGUAUUAGUUGUUCUGAUUUUAUUGGGAUGUAUGCUUUUACCUUGCUUAUUACCUAUCAUCAUGAAUGGUAUUCGCAGUAUAGCAGAUAAUGCAGCAGCUAAAAGUAGUAUGCAAAUGUAUGGCAAGAUUAUGUAUCAACAAGUUAUUCAGAAUGAAGAAGCUAUAUGAUAUCAAAUAUCAUAAAGCUUCUAAGGGGGGAAUUGUGACACUGAAUUUUGUUUAUUUAAGUUAAAUAUUAAAAAAUUGCUCAUUUUGGGAAUUGAACACAGUUAAUUUACUUGUGUGUGUGUUAAAAGACAUGCUAAUAUGCUGACUGCCCUUGUUUGUUUAAAGCUGUGCUUGCAGAAUGAGAUAUUAGAUUUUGUUGCAAUAUGCAGCUGUGUUUGUAGACAAAGGUAUCAGACUUGGGUGAAACAUCCAAGGUUGAAAUAAGAAAAACAAGUGUGAAUAACAACUUCCAAAUAUGGAGAUAGGACGAGAAGGGAAGUUACCAGAGGAAAAUGGGCAUGGAUUAAAGUGAUGUAAGGAAAAGGAAAAUGAUGUAGUCAUGAUGAUAAUGAUGUGUGCAUAAUUAACAUAUCAAAGUUAAUAAGAAGGCUGGCUGUGUUUAGUUUAGUCAGAACUAGCUCUGGCUGU